UUCACUAGACCUUUUGCCUUGUCCCAGGUACAUUCCACUAGACUAGAAGGAGUUAAAGUCCAUUCUAACCCUAACGCCCACAGUCUAUAGAAGGAGGUGAUGCAACCGGAGUGCAGCCAAUCCUACUGUUUUCCAGGCUUGUUACUUUCUCCGCAGGCUUCCUUGGGUAAGCAGUUUCAUUCUCCCUCCCACCACUCACCCACCACCCACUUCCCAAAGCCUUCCUCUUUCCAAACUGUCCCAGGGGAUUGGUUUCUGGGUUCUUUGAUUCCUUGUGACUCUGAUGUUACAUUUCUCUCUUGUAGAAAACCCACAGGUUUUCAUUUUAUCUCUUAGACCCAGUUCUCUCCAUCUACCUAUCUCCCGGUUUUCUUGUUUAGAUUCCCUUGCGCAGGUAGCUGAGAGUGGGUGAUAUUUUGUUCUCUCAUCAGGAAAAGCACAUAAUUCAGGCAGGGAGGACGGCACAGUGCCUGUCAGAGCAGUGAAGAGGAAUGGAUUCUAUUGAAGACUUUGAAAGUAUUCAAGUCUUACAUCAGUACCAAUAUGGACUUCUCAUUUCCAAGGUUAUGUUCACUGCCUCUGAGCUGGGAGUAUUUGAUCUGCUCUUGGAGUCGGGAGAACCCCUGAGCUCAGGGGCCAUUGCUGAACGCCUCGGCACCAGCCCCAGUGGAAUGGAGAGGCUGCUGGAGGCCUGCGUGGGCUUAAAGUUCCUGAGGAUGGAGAGGAAGGAGAAUAGAAGAGCUGCUGGUACCUUAGCUAAAGAAUGCAUUUCACUGUACCCAAAUUCUACUGCGAUAGUAUUUGACCUACCCGAAGUAGUGGAAAGUUUAAAGAAGGAUCCUGCGUUUUCUCAGGAAAGCUGGAUGACUUUCCAGACAGGGGAUUUUUUUAAAGAUCCGGUUCCUGAAGCUGACCUAUAUAUUUUGGCUAGGAUCCUGCAUAGCUGGAAUGAUGAAAAAUGUAUACAGCUGCUAACCAAACUGCAUAAGGCUUGCAAACCUGGUGGUGGAGUGUUAGUGGUUGAACUGGUUCUCGAUGAGGAUAAAUGUGGGCCUCCAGAAGCCCACCUAUACUCCAUGCUGAUGUUGCUCCACAGUAAGGGGAAAGAACGGACCUCCUCUGAGUACCAGGCACUCUUCACGGCUGCUGGCUUCAAGGAGAUAUAUCAGCAGGGAGAAGCAAAAUUAGUGGCAUACAGACAAGACACAGGCAACAUUCUUCUUUUUGACUACUGGAAGAGGGCAAGCCAGGCAGUGUUGCAACAGGCAACAUGA